UUCAAUAUAUCCUUACACAAAUUGAUAUAAAACUUUAUUGAUAAGAAUAUUAUCAUUACCUUCUAAUUGGUGUUUUUCCUUGAUUUCAUUAAUAGUGCAAACUGCAAAGUAUAAUUUGAUCUGUUUAUAACCAUUACCACGAAAUCAAUUUGCUGCCAUAUUCAGCUUACACUUUAAUAAACAGUUUGAAGUUGCAAGCUUUCCUUGGAAUUUGUUUUACUGCUCAAUAAAUCGUUUAUUAUAGAAUCGCACAUCCAAUGGAGUGGUCGACAAAGUUUCUAAUAUUUCUUCUUGCUUUUCUAAGCAUAAAUUUUAGUUAUGUUUUUACUAUGCACAAUCCAAUGAUGCGUAUAAAGUGCGAUUUGGGGGAGUAUUUAACUUGUAAAUUUAAAUUUGUAUACUGUUGGCUUUACGAGUGCGUUUGCCUUCCGGAUCACGUUUAUCUAGAACUGGGAUUUGGUUGCCUUUAUAUUGAAUACCUUUAGAUGAAGAACCUAUUUCCAUUUUACGAAAUCUUCAAAUAAGUUGCUUUUAAAUAUAUGUAAACUUUCUUCAAUAAACAUUAGUAACCAUUUUAUUUUAUUUUUAUAUAUUUUGUAAGCUGCCUAAAUCACAUCCUUUAGUUUAGUUUAUUUCUCAAAAUUCCUUGAAGUUUCCGUAGAAAACAUUCGUAAU